AUGAACCUCAAGCAUGGGCUGAGACGUGAUCGUCCGUAUUACCGACAAUGCACAACUCCUAGCCGCAUGGUUAGCGUACUUGACAGAGAGGACGAUUUCAUGGCAUUAGGAGUGGUUGGUAGUAUCACCUGUAGAUUAUGGGAUGACGUCUCCAUUGGAGAAAUAGGACGCCCACUACGUACUCAGCUAUGGGAGAUCCAAAUGGGCUCACGAACACAAAACUUCUCACACCUAUCGGAGCUCAUCACAGAAUACGUAAUCAAAACUUCGAAAUAA